GAACUGGUCCGCAGGGUAGCUUACUGAAAGAAGCGUUCUGAAUACGUCACCAAGUUAUAGCUAAGUAUUUCCCUUACUUUACAAGAUCAUGGCUGAGCGAAGAAAUUCUCAGUUAGCUAACGUAUGUGGUUGGGGGUGUGUGUGGGUGUGUCAUUUUCUGACCUCACUGAAAACAGAGCAGUAGAUGUGUUAAGAUAUUAACUGUCAAAAUAGAUUUGUCCGCAUCCUCCACCCUCGUAACCAAUUUGGCAUGCCGCUAACGGGCUGGCUAAAUAGCUGUAGCUGGAUACAUUGUAGCGUCAGCUGGUUACAUACCUUGCCAUUUGACAUGGUAAUGUGGCAACAAAGUAGCCAACAACAUUGCUGCGUUUGUUAUGAUAAUGCAUUUUUUUUUUCUUUUUCUACUGAGAAAAUAUCCUAGAUAGGUUUCUGGUUGUGACGACUGGUAUCAUCUAGCUAAACGCUGGAACUAGCUGACAUGAGUUGGCCCAUUUUCUAGAAUAACUAAUACUCGUGUAAUGAAGUAAUCAAAGUGUUGGUUUUUUUAUUGCACGAAGGACUGAGUGCCGUGGUAGAAAAGUACAGUGAUAUACCGUCAAAAAAAAAUACCUCCCUGUAUUUUUCUUUUUCUACACUGACGUCAGGUAAUGAAAUGUUCUAGAUGGGACAAUUUGAAUAACAAACAAAACAAUGUAUGGGAACUAUUGUUGAUAUUUCAUUAAGAGUUGCUCUGUAGAUCAUGAUAAGGUGUGUGUGUGUGUGUGUGUGUGUGGACCAUGUGCAGUUCAUAACAUUUCAACCAUAUGUAUCUCUGGCCCCAGUGGCUUCCCUGGCUGGCUGCUUCAUUCUAUGUGCCUGAUCUUGGGCUUGGUUUAGACUAGUUCCUCAGCCAGUAGGUUUAUCAGUCCAGUCCAGGUGCAUUUUUCCAAACUUCUAGUCAUGUGAUAUAUGUUUCACUAUGGGAAGAAACAUAACAACAACAACCCCCAAAGUGAUGUGUUUUUACUACACAUUUGUGAAUUAAUGUAGGUUGGGGGGGGCGGCGCAAGCUGAGGUUCGAAAACUUACCUGGGACUUUGAACUCUUGUUUCAAAUGUCUUAUCAGCCAAAGAUAGCCAUUCUCCAUAUUCUGAUCUGCCUAAGAUGAGAUCAUGCCUCUGCUCUGCCUCUUCCCACUCAUGACUAAUGUUGUCUUCCACAGCAGUGAGGAGAAGAGGGAGGACGUCAACCAGAAUCAGAGCUCCAACGACAAGGACCCUAAGACACAUAGCAAGCCCAAGAAGGUGAGGAGGGAUGUGGAGAAGGAGAUGCUGGAGUCUUCAUCCUCCCCUCCUCCUCCUCCUCAUCCUCCUCCAACCCAGCAGCCCUGUUCAGACCAGGAACAGCUCCAGCUAGCCGAUGCUGAGGCGGGGCCCUCGGAGCCCAUGGUCGCUGCAGCUGGCGAGGCCUCGGGUCUCUCUGAGUCCUCUCCUUCGCCCAAACAGAGGAGGUCCAUCAUCAGGGACCGAGGUCCGCUCUACGACGACCCCUCUCUGCCCCAGGGAUGGACACGGAAACUCAAACAACGCAAGUCUGGGCGGUCCGCCGGGAAGUUUGACGUCUACUUGAUGAACCCCGAGGGGAAAGCUUUCCGUUCCAAGGUGGAGCUGAUCGCCUACUUCCAGAAGGUUGGGGACACCACCACCGACCCCAACGACUUCGACUUCACCGUAACCGGGCGUGGCAGCCCCUCCCGCCGCGAGAAGAGACCCCCGAAGAAACCCAAAGUGGUGAAACCGUCGGGGAGGGGCAGGGGCCGGCCGAAGGGGAGUGGAAAGCUACGCCUGGCUACGGAGGGUGUGGCGAUGAAGCGUGUGGUGGAGAAGAGUCCUGGGAAGCUCCUGGUUAAGAUGCCGUUUGGAGCGUCCAAGGCAUCCGAGACAGCUGGGCAGACAUCGGAGCUGGUCGUAGUCACCAAGAAGCGCCCGGGACGGAAAAGGAAAGCGGAGAUACCACCGCAGACUGCUCUGAAGAAGCGGGGGUGUAAGCCAGGGUCGGGGUUGACUGGGUCGCCGCUGUCAGCAGCUUCUGGUGCGGUGGGUUCCAGUACUUCCUCAUACGCAGCGGCUGCUAUCCUCGCCGCAGAAGCCAAGAGGAAAGCUCAGAAGGAGUCUUCCGCUAAGCCGGUGCAGCAGACCGCUCUGCCCAUCAAAAAACGCAAGACCAGAGAAACUGUUGAGGAGACUAAAGAGACUCCAGCCAUCACCACGGCACUGCUCGGGGCAGGGGGUGGUGGUGGGGCAGGAACUGUGAUGGGGACAGGGAAUGGUGAUGGGGCAGGAACUGUGAUAGGGAUGGGGGCAGGGAGUGGUGGUGGGGCAGGAACUGGGAGUGGUGGUGGUGGGGCAGGAACUGGGAUGGGAACAGGGAGUGGUCUGGCUGUGGUGGCAACAGAAGGGACAGAGCAGGGACACAAGCUGCCAAAGAGUCCAGGGAGGAAGCACAAGGACAGUCCCCUGGCAGCAACGGUUACCACGGAGACCAGUGGUGUGUCUGAAAGGUGGCCCAGCGGAGGCAGCAGUAGUAUCACUACUCCAAAGAGCCACAGCCACAAGAGAAAGGAGCGUACGCCGCACAAACACCAUCACCACCACCACCACCGUCACCAUCACACACACUCCUCUGUAGUGGAGGAUCAUCCUCAACCCUCCCAGCGGCCCCCUCACCACCACUUCCCCGGCCUGACUAUGGGGCUGGUCUCCCAUACAGCCAGGUCCUCGGUGGGGCCAGGGGCCCUCCAACAGAACAAGCCCCAGGACCUGAGCACCUCUAGGGGACCCUGCCGGGCCAGCAGCAGGCCAGAGGGCCAAACCACGACCAGAGGAGAGAGGGGAGAGGUCAGCUCGGCUGCGGUGGUAGUAGUGGGAACGAGUGACACCAGAAGCAACAGAAAUCGAGCAGAAGAGGCAGCGGGGACAGUGGUAGGGAGGGAUUUGAGAGACAUUGUACCCUCCUCAGCAGUACCGAGGCCCAGCCGGGAGGAGAUGGUUUCUGCUGUGCCCAGACCCAGCCGGGAGGAGACGGUCUCUGCUGUACCCAGGCCCAGCCGGGAGGAGAUGGUCUCUGCUGUACCCAGGCCCAGCCGGGAGGAGAUGGUCUCUGCUGUGCCCAGGCCCAGCCGGGAGGAGAUGGUCUCUGCUGUGCCCAGACCCAGCCGGGAGGAGAUGGUCUCUGCUGUGCCCAGGCCCAGCCGGGAGGAGAUGGUCUCUGCUGUGCCCAGACCCAGCCGGGAGGAGAUGGUCUCUGCUGUACCCAGGCCCAGCCGGGAGGAGACGGUUUCUGCUGUACCCAGACCCAGCCGGGAGGAGACUGUUUCUGCUGUACCCAGGCCCAGCCGGGAGGAGAUGGUCUCUGCUGUACCCAGACCCAGCCGGGAGGAGACGGUCGAGUCUCGGACACCGGUCACUGAAAGGGUUAGUUGACUGUAUGGUAGGACCCCUGUCUGUAAGGAGAAAAGGAGCCGUGGGUUUUCUAAGACAACAGAAAAGGGCGUGUACAUGGAAAUACAAGGCAGCUGUUGGUUGGUUGUUCUUUCUGUGGGUUGGGCCUGUUUAUUGACAGGUAAGCGCAGCUUAAUGGUCAACCCACAACAGAUUGCUUCCUGAUAAAUGAACUUAUUAUUAUUAUUAUU